AUGGGCAAAGUUCUGAAGAAACCUUCUGCGAACAAGUCGACAAAGAAGCCUGCGUCUGGUCUGUGCACGCCAGACAAGAAGCCUGCCCCGCAGACCCCCAAGGCCCCUCUGAAGGAGAAACCUGACGACCUGGGGUACUCUCAACAGUCUCCGGAGUCUGACGCAACCACUCUGCAGAUGGAGGGCGUGAGCGAGGAGGCCCUCUUGAACGCCCCUGAGCCCUUUCUUGGGAUCUGGGACAGUCUGUCCGAAGAUCAGAAGGAUCACCUGCGGAACUUGAACUCUGAAGCUUGCCGAAGUGGUGCUUGGCUAGAUUCCUGGCUGCAGCACGAUUUCAGUGAUGCACAGUCGAGUAAGACUCCGCGGCAGACCAAAACGGAGUAUGUGCAGUGGAAUGUUUUGUCUGCGUGCACGUUCAAUGAGCAGUUGACUCUGCUGGUGCAACACUUCAAAGGAAAUCAAAUUCAGCCCUUUUGCACACUGAGCCUGCUCGGCCAAACGUUGUUCCGCGAAGCCGAGUUGCGUGCUGUGGGAGACAGUGACCAGACACUGUUCACAGCCCAGCUUCGGAAGCAGGGGCGCCUGGUGCGAAUGCCGAGGGCCUAUUUAACCACGGUCUUUCGCAAAGAAAUUGUGAGGCGGCCGGGCUUGGUCCUGGCGCAGGCCAGGUUCCCGCCCUUGCCGCUGUGGGGGGCCCAGGCGGUGCUGAGCCGGCUGAGUCAGCCGAGCCUGGCCCUGAGCCACCUGCUGUCCAGCACGGAGGACAUGGAUGAGAUCCUCCAGUUGUCUCGCAGAAUUCUGUUCGCGGAGAUGGAUGACAUACCCGAAGCAAAGGUAGCAACGCCGCACAAAGCCACCCUGCGUCGAUUCCAGCUGCGACUUGACAUGCUGCAUAGUCUGUCGCAGCGGUUCGUCAACGAGCCAGGGUGUAGCAGUGUGCGGCGUGCCAGGUACCUGUCGGCAGAUGCAUCGCCGCAGGGAGGGCACGACUACCUGUGCAUCCUGGAGGAGAUUGCGUCGCGCCCCAGCAGCUGGGUGCCGGAUGCUGAGGAAGGGCAGUUUAAUCCCUUCAAGGGCUUCGAUCAUUGCGUGCGUGCCUUGCCCUGCCAGACACUGGCACGAGGCCAGACGAAGGUGCCCAUGAAAGUGGCCUGCCUGUUGAAUUCCAUCCUGAUGGAACACGGCGUGGACAAGUUGCAGCACUACCGGCAGGAAGUCCGGGGCUGGGUGUCUGACCAAGGCACGGAGCGGGCCAUCUCCAAGUAUCCCCUAAGAGAUGGCCUUGCUGUGCUCGGGAAGCCGCUGCGCCUGGACAUGGAAGGACAUGACUUGCCCGCAGACGUUGUGGGUCGCGGGGGUGAGGCCUCGCGGCCCUUCUUUCACUCGUCCCUGGACGUUUCUGGCCUGAUGCACGUAGUCUACAAUGCCCUGGAAGCAGCUGUGACCGGACAGAGGCACUGGCCAAAGUUCCAGAAACAGUUGCGGGCAAUUUGCAAGCUGUGCGGAGAAAAGAGCUACCAAGAGGUGGUGGCCAACCAAAUGCUCCGCGCAGCAGGUGCAUCGGCCCUUGACAUCCAGACGUUGUGUGCCUUCAAUGCCAAGCAUCUGGACUGGCGCUGGGAGACCUUGGAGACAGUUUUGGCUCAGUGGUCCCCUCUGAGACCGGUGCUGCAGCAGUAUUUCAAGGCGGACAUGCUUGAGGCCACAGAUUCCGGCUUGGCGCUUUUGGUGUCCCAAGCUCUGCAGAGCCCGUGGCACGGACUCAUGCUUGAAUGGUUGCGUGGCCUGACAGAGGCAGUGGGCAAGGAAACACGAUGGAUGGAAGGCUGCUACUGCCACGAGGCCGUGCUCGUCGGCACCGGGAGCAGGUGGAAGCGUAGACACCAGAUGCUUGGAGCAACUGGUGCGGUCACCUGCCCUUGGAAAGGCAAGCGGUUGCCAUCCUUUGCUUUGGGCCACCGUGAAGCCAUGACGCGUUCUCUGGACCUCGCCGGCAGCAGUGAGUACCACAGAGCGUUGCUGAAUGCAAGGCCGGAAGAUGCGGCGGCAAUUGCAGACAUGGAUGUGGUGGUUAAACGGGCACUCGCCCACGCCCUUCACGACAAGCUUGCUUAUUUGGAGGCCUUGCCUUACAAGCUCGCGGGUGCUUUUGGUGAGUACUGUGGCUCUUCCUUGCAGAGAGCCAAGAAGUGUGUGCGGGAAUGUCUGCAAGAGUUCGAAGAGGCUGGCCGGGCAGAACUGCACCCCACCACAUUGGAGUUGUUGACGGGAAGAAGCCCAGUGGGGCAACAGCUACGUGCUUUUGCGAAGGACCCCGAGCGGUCACUCCACAAGUACCCCGAUGCUUUUGUGGCCAUCCAGGAAUUGAGCCUGGUGCCACUGGUCGAGCGACGAAUCGAGGGGGAGCACGCGCAGGUUAAGCUUGCGGCCCAGCGUGGCUUCAGAUGGGCCGGGCCGGCCAUGGUUUGUGCGCGGAAGCGCAGACAUCAGGUGCUGGCUAUGCUGGAGAAUCCCUCGCUGCUGCAAUGGGUCUGUCAAAACUGGAGGUCCCGGGACAUUUUCCAGAGAGUUCUGGCCCACAAGUGCCUGCCGACAACGGUCAAUCUCAUGGGCCGGUCCGAGAGAUAUGCUCGCGUGUAUGGGUACGCGGUGGAUGACCACUUCAGAGAUGUUGAGAAGAUGCAGCAGGCAGCCCGCGGCCGGGCUGCCGAGCUGCAGCAUCUGCAGCAUGCCUGCAGCCAUGCUGCGAGCAUGUGA